AUGCUAAUUCACAGCAAUCUGCGCGUCUUACCCUCAUCCAAAUGGUUCGAUUUGUUAAAUCUUAAGUAUGACUACAAGCGCUGUCGCCAUGCGCAUACUUAUGCACAACAUGUAGGUAGUAAUCUUAAAGCGAAAAUUUCAGUCAGUGAUCCACCUAUCGCAACAAUACGAAAUGUUGGUUUAAUUGCUCAUAUCGACGCUGGUAAAACGACUACUACAGAACGCAUGCUUUAUUAUGCUCGACGUAUACACUAUCUCGGUGAAGUGGAUCAUGGAGAUACUGUGACUGAUUACUUACCAGAAGAACGUGAACGUGGUAUAAGCAUUGUUACUGCAUCAGCUUCUCUGUCUUGGAGAAAUCAUAUAAUUCACUUGUUGGAUACUCCAGGACAUGUAGACUUCACAUUUGAAGUUGAACGAAGUCUAACUGUUUUAGAUAGUGUUGCCGUUAUAUUGGAUGCGGUCAAAGGUGUUCAACCUCAGACACAUACUGUGUGUCGCCAGGCCCAUCGUUACUGUCUUCCAUGUCUAAUCUAUAUCAAUAAAAUGGACCGCCCAAUGGCUAACGUCGAUCUCUGCUUACGCAGUUUAUCUAAACAGCUGCCUACAAAAGCACAUUAUAUGCCUAUUCAUUGGCCAGUAUUUUCUCAUAGUCUUAAUACAGAUAACACAUCAUCAUUAAUUAAUGCUUCGAAUACGUCUACUUCGCUUUCUAAUAAAUAUAUUAAAAACAAUGGUACCAGUCAAUUUGUUGGACUUGUAGAUUUGACUACGAUGCAAUUAAAAAAUUGGAUUUCAUGUAACGGUCCUGAUGAUGUUUAUACAUCAUCUGAUUUAUUCGAAGGUAUCAAUACAGCUACUGUAUCACAUUGCUCUCAUCUACCGAAAUCGAAAUCUUCCAUUAAAAACACUCUGAACCCAAGUGGAAUUCAAGAGGCACUAAGUGCUCGUAUGCAGCUACUAAGUACAUUGGCCGAUAUCGAUGACGAAUUUGCAGAUAAAUUCUUGCAACUCGAUCGUCCAGAUUUAUUGGUUCCUUCAGAUAUUGUUCAUAAAAGUUUAAAAAAGGCAAUUCUUUCCUUCCAAGUCAUACCAGUGUUAGUUGGUAGUAGUCGAAAUAACAUCGGGAUUCAGCCUUUAUUGGAUUUUAUUGUUGAUUACCUACCAGAUCCUAGUCAUUCCAAUAUUCCAAUCUCUAUUUUAAAGGUUUAUAAAUCGUUGAAAUCUACAUUACCGAAUCCAAGUGAUCUUUUGAAAGCCUCUAGAGACUUAGAUAAUCGUCACAGUAUUCUAUCAUCGAAUUUCCCAAUCAUGCUUGUAUUCAGGAUAUGUUUUGAUCCACAUCGUGGUCCGCUUACCUUAGUACGCAUAUAUUCCGGUGUAAUUACACCUGGUUCUCAAAUUGCUAAUUGGUCCCGAUAUAAAGAUAUACAUUUACCAGAGAAAAUCUUAAAUGUAUUUCAACUAAAUGGAGAUUCGUUAGAAGUAGUUAACAGUGCUGGACCUGGUAGUAUUAUUGCUUUAAGUGGACUUCAGUCAACGUACACAGGCGAUGUUUUAGGUCCUGUCUUGAAUUCGACUAAAAGUAGACAAGUAGAGAAUUCCAAUGGUACUGAAUUAAAUGAUACUGAAGAAAUAUUUGACAAUGGACCAGAAUCACCUUCCGUAUUUCAAGUAUCCGAACCUGUUGUAUACGCUGCGGUUGAACCUGGUAGUCGAUCCGAAAUAAAUGCACUUGAACAUGCUCUCAAUUGUAUGCAACGUGAAGAUCCGAGCUUUCAUGUGAAGUUUGAUGAAGAAACUGGACAAUGGAUAAUUUCUGGAAUGGGUGACUUACACUUGGAUGUUGUACUUUCAAGGCUGAAACGUGAAUACAAAGUUAAUGUUCGAAUGGGACCACUUCUGGUCGCUUACAAAGAAUGUCCACCACAAGAUGCUUCCAGUUCAAGUGGAUGGAGUUUUGUGGUUGGAUAUAUAAAUGGUAGUGAAAAAGCUGUUGCAAUAGGAGUGAUACUUCAACCUAAAACUAUUCAUCCACUUCACAAACCUCAGGUCAUUUUUGACCGACUUGUAGAUCAUAACAUCGUUCGUGUACGUCAUGCCAUCACCGAAGCCUGUUUGUCUGCCUUAGAGGUUAGUGGACCUAUUCUUCGUUCCCCUAUUAUUGGAGUAGAUAUUCACAUUAGUAAUAUUGUAUGUGGCCGUGUAGAACAAAUUUCAAAUGACUCGGGAUGUAUCAAUGGUCUUGGUGACUUGACUUUAGAUAAAUUAUCCAAUGCUCAGCUUUCUUCACCAUCCCUUUUAGCUUUGUUAAAAACUUGUUGCAUAAGUAGUGUAAAAAAUGCGGUAGCCAAAAUACCUAACUGGCAUAUUAUGGAGCCGAUGAUGGAAAUCGAACUUCAACUGCCUUCCCUAAAAGGUUAUGAUUCAGAAUUAUCAGCCUUUCUGUGUGACUUAACGAAUAGGCGCGCAGAAAUAAUAUCAGUGGACAACGCAGAAACCAGUUCAAACAGUAAAGACGAUAGCAGAAUGGGAGCUGAAAAAUAUCACCGUAUACGUGCAAUAGCACCGUUAUCUGAAUUAGCUAACUACUCGGCUACUAUCAGACGUCUUUCGUCAGGACGAGCUGAAUUGAGUCUCCGGUUGGCUAAUUAUUACCCUGUUAGCUCAGAGCACCAAGCAAAACUAUUAGAUCAAUUCAGAUUCAGUCGUUCUGGAAGCACCGUGCAUUAA